GCUCUGCCAAUGGAUUUACUUUAGUACUGUAUUAGCAUUCUUGUCAAAAUGUUACCGGCGAACACGUUAAACGUUAUUUUUUCAUGAUAGCGUUUUCUGUUUCCAACUUUUUGCAGCGUUGUACGAAGCUGAGCGUAAAAACCGUAGUAAUUAGUGUUAUAGCUGCUAGUUAGUGACAGAAUUUAGCAAGCUAGCUCGCCCCAUCACGGCUGUUGUGUUAUUUCAGGUUCAUUAGCUCACUUCAGUAAAAUGGAGGCGGUUUAUACUCAAGGUAUUUGGAUGGCUGAGCUUCUUCAGUCACACACGAGAAAUUACCAGUCUUUCUGGCAGCUCGCUACUCAUAUGGGAGACCCAAAAGCGGCAUUUCUGCUCGUUUUCCCACCCGUUUUCUACCUGCACAGACGAACCGGCAUCGCCAUCCUCUGGGUGGCUGCUGUAUCAGAGUGGCUUAAUCUAGUUUUUAAAUGGGUCCUGUUUGGGGAGAGGCCUUACUGGUGGAUUGGUCAGUCAGGUUUAUUUGUGAAAAACAGCCCUUCGGUCCAGCAAUUCCAGUCCACCUGUGAGACAGGACCAGGUAGUCCCUCAGGCCAUGCCAUGGUCACUGCUGCCGUCUGGUGGGUGGUGACAUCCGAUCUGGCCUCCUUUCUUCAUUCUCGCUCUGGCAGUAAGAUACUAGCUGGGAUACCUUACAUCUUUUACGUGCUGCUGUUGGGAGCGGUUGGUCUGUCACGGAUCUUCAUUUUGGCUCAUUUUCCCCACCAGGUCAUCGCUGGCAUUCUGACAGGCAUGAUGCUGGGAGUGUUUUUAAACCGCACAGUGCCAGACUGUCGCCCCCUGCUGUUCUUCCUGUGCUCCAGCAUGGCUCUGCUGUUCGGAGCACUGCUUAUGUAUGCUGGGCUGAAGAAGGUUGGCAUCGACCUUGCCUGGUCUAUUGCAUUGGCCAAGAGGUGGUGUUCUAAGUCUGAGUGGGUUCGCAUGGACACAAAUCCUUUUUCUUCUCUGAGCCGCGAUGUUGGUGCUCUGCUCGGGCUGGGGCUUGCCCAGUUCUGGAAGCCAGGAGGAUGGGCACUUCCCUGGGCACCGAAGACCCUCUGUAUGGCACUGUCCUCUAUGGCCCUAUACCACGUGAGCCGAUUCCCUCUGCCUCCAGCUCCAGCCCUCCUCUUUUACUCACUCUUUUUCUUCAAAUAUGUAAUAGUGCCCCCGGUAGUGAUGGUGCUGGUACCUGGGCUGGUGCAUCUCCUCACAUCCAAACCCAAGAGGGAUUGAGAGGAUUAAACAGAAUGACUUUUAACCUCUACAUGGAGUCAAAAAUGGCCACUUAAGGCAGUAUAUUGACAUGGCUGUGCCAGGACAAUCACAUUAGUUGUCAUAAGUCAUAAUUCGACAUAAAAUUUACCAAUGACCAGUUUAUCAGUGAUUGAUGUUUUAAUUGGCAUGGUCAGAAAAUCUUACUAUUUUAGAAGAACAUGAAAGAUAACCAUUCUGAAUUGAUUCAGAAGUUUAUCCUUCAUCAAAAGAUCAACUCCUGUGAGUGCAACUGAACAAUGAAGUCUUUGUAUUUGAGUAAGUCCUACAUGCUAGGAUUAACUGUUUUACAUUAUUCUAUAGAUAUCAUUCCAUAUAGAGGAGAUUGAAAGAUUUUCAUAUUGUCUCCUACAGAAGGGGAAUUGUUCCAUCCAAUUCAAAAACAAUUAUUUUUGUCACUUGUUUUAAUUAAACGGUAGUAACAUAUCUCAAACAAUAAAGGAUGGUUUAUAAA